CAGCGGGCGAUUGGCUGGCGUUGCGGAGGGGGUGUGGAGGCGGGCUCCGCUGCGAGGGGCGGAAGGGUGGCGGUGCCGGCCGGGCUGAGGAGCGAUGCGGGGCGGCUGCCGCCUCUUCCCGCUGCUGCUGCUGGCGCUGCUGCGCGGGCCGUGCCGCGGCAGGGAGCCCGCGCCGGGCGCUGUUACCUGCGGCUCGGUGCUGAAGCUGCUCAACACCCGGCACAACGUGCGGCUCCACUCGCACGAGGUCAAGUACGGCUCCGGAAGUGGGCAACAGUCAGUAACAGGAGUUGAAGCUUCAGAUGAUGCUAACAGUUACUGGCGGAUUCGUGGGAAAAGUGAUGGCAGCUGCCAGCGAGGAACGCCGGUGAAGUGUGGACAAGCUAUACGACUUACCCAUGUUAACACAGGAAAAAAUUUACACACUCAUCACUUCGCAUCACCACUCUCCAAUAACCAAGAAGUAAGUGCCUUUGGUGAUGAUGGUGAAGGAGAUGACCUGGAUAUAUGGAUGGUGCAAUGCAGUGGGACACACUGGGAGCGGGAUGAUGCAGUGCGCUUCAAGCACGUAGGAACUGAUGUGUUCCUUUCAAUAACCGGGGAACAGUAUGGCCACCCAAUUAGAGGCCAACGGGAAGUUCAUGGCAUGCCUACUGCUAAUCACCACAACUAUUGGAAAGCAAUGGAAGGAGUUUUCAUCAAACCCAGUAUGGACCCUGCAAAACAUGAUGAGCUCUGAAUUGAUCAGAGGAUCCAAAAUGCUUCUGUUUACUCCAGCGUUGGGAGAUGCUAAUCCUUGGUCUCUUUUAAGUCCUGCCUUGCCUAAGUGAAUGACUUACUGCAUUACUGAAGGGCAUUAGUUCAUUCUAGGAAUGCAGCACUUCUGUGGGGAAUGGCAUCUACCAGGAUUAAACACUGAAAGUUGGCAAAAUCCUCUCUGAAUUUUUGCGUUUAAUUGGUGAAACUAGUUCAUAUGUCUGUUAGUUUUCACUGUAAUUUGUUUUGCUUGUCACUUUUCUCUCAAAUGCAAAGGAAAUGGAAAAACUGAAGUAAUGGAUUUCUGUAGCCCUAAGUACAAUAAAAAUUUGUAUUUUGUAA